AUGCAGCUGUCGGUCGAUGAGAUCACGAGAGCUCUACGGAUCAAGGCAUCAAUACUAUGUGACAGCCGUCUCAAAGAAGAGUCGGACUUUGUCUGUGUGCAGUACGCUCUGGCGGCCCAUGCCGAAGACAGCCUAGAAGAGAUAUGCCAUAGGAUUUAUCUAUUGCAGUGUGCCCGCAGCGAGUAUCAGAUUCUAGACACCGUUGAACAGGGUGUGCAACUUGCACAUCAGUACACCCUGCAGCACCCUGGAAUGUGGCUGGAUGUCAGCUACAUGGCUGCUACCAAGAACUACUGUAAAAUCCAAGACUUGGCAGCGUUUCGCCCUUCUGAGCAGAUCAAGACUGAUGAGCAUCGCCGCAUAUUCUUACUUGGGAAUUACUACAUGUGGAAUUGCUUGCUUCCAGAUUUUCAGGCUAUUCGAGAAGGGUGGACCUAUUUGUCAGAGUGUGAUGGUGUAGGCUCAGAAUUGUUGGAUCCGAUUGCGACAGAGAUAAUAAUGCAUCAUCUUUGGCAAGGAUACCCAAAGAAUAUCAAGGAGAUGUUCUUUUACAACUCACCAACAGUCAUAAACAUCUUUUGGAGUUUAUGCAAGAAGUUCAUGCCCAAGCACAAAGAACGCUGCAUUCAUCUGGACUGCAACCCCGAGGCCUUGUCAGGGAUCCGAUUAGAUGCUCUGUACAAGACUCCGACUAAAGAAGAGGCAAGAGUCAAGCUGAUCCAGACUAUAGGGAAUCAAUUGCAACUCAGAAGGCAGAAUGAAGAAAAAUUCAGCCUUGAAGGGGUAGGAGUGGCUCAGAUUCUUGGAUUGAAUCAUCCACACCUCAGCAUGCCUUGA